AGGUAGCUCAGGAACCCAAACCUGUUGGGCAGGUUUUGAGAGCUGUGGAGAGAGGGACAGAGGCUGGAGAAGGAUGCACGGCCUGCCCUGGGCUUGCCUGUUCCCUCCUGAGCCUGAGCCUGAGCCCCUUACCUUCCUGACCCCAUGAGGCACGCACUGGCGCUGCUGGCUCCCCUGCUGGGCCUGGGCCUGGGGCUGUCCCUGAGUCGGCUGGCAGCGGGGGCCACAGACUGCAAGUCCCUUGGCCCGGCAGAGCCCCUGACAUUCACCCCAGCAGCCAGGGCCCGGUGGCUGGCCCCUCGAGUUCGUGCGCCAGGAGUCCUGGACUCGCUCUACGGCACCGUGCACCGCUUCCUCUCCGUGGUGCAGCUGAAUCCUUUCCCUUCAGAGUUGGUAAAGGCCCUGCUGAAUGAGCUGGCCUCCGUGAAGGUGAAUGAGGUGGUGCGGUACGAGGCAGGCUACGUGGUGUGCGCCGUGGUUGCGGGCCUCUACCUGCUGCUGAUGCCCACUGCCGGGCUUUGCUUCUGCUGGUGCCGCUGCCGCCGGCGCUGCGGGGGGCGAGUGAAGACAGAGCACAAGGCGCUGGCCUGUGAGUGUGCGUCCCUCAUGGUCGUCCUGCUGCUGACCACCCUCUUGCUGCUGAUUGGUGUGGUCUGUGCCUUAGUCACCAACCAGCGCACGCAUGAACAGAUGGGCCCCAGCGUGGAGGCCGUGCCUGAGACCCUGCUUAGCCUCCGGGGCCUGGUCUCUGAUGUCCCCCAAGAGCUGCAGGCCGUGGCACAGCAGUUCUCCCUGCCCCAGGAGCGCGUCUCGGAGGAGCUGGAUGGUGUCGGUGUGAGCAUUGGGAGUGCGGUCCACACCCAGCUCAGGAGCGCCGUGUACCCCUUGCUGGCGGCUGUGGACAGUUUAGGCCAGGCCCUGCAGGUCUCCAUGCACCACCUGCAGGCCCUGAACGCUACAGUGGUGGAGCUGCAGGCCGGGCAGCAGAACCUGGAGUCAGCCCUCCAGCAACAACGGGACCGCCUCCUCCAGCUGCUGCAGGAGGCCGGGUGCCAGGGAGACUGUGCAGGGGCCCUGAGCCGGGCCCGCGCCCUGGAGCUGGGUGCUGACUUCAGCCAGGUGCCCUCUGUGGACCAUGUCCUGCACCGGCUGAAGGGAGUCCCCGAGGCCAACUUCUCCAGCAUGGUCCAGGAGGAGAACAGCACCUUCAACGCUCUUCCAACUGUGGCUGCCAUGCAGACGUCCAGCGUGGUGCAAGAGCUGAAGAAGGCAGUGGCCCAGCAGCCGGAAGGGUUGAGGACACUGGCUGAAGGGUUCCCAGGCUCGGAGGCAGCUUCCCGCUGGGCCCAGGCGCUUCAGGAGGUGGAGGAGAGCAGCCGCCCCUACCUACAGGAGGUGCAGAGAUACGAGACCUACAGGUGGAUCGUGGGCUGCGUGCUGUGCUCCGUGGUCCUGCUCGUGGCACUCUGCAACCUGCUGGGCCUCAAUCUGGGCAUCUGGGGCCUAUCUGCCAGGGAGGACCCCAGCCAGCCAGAAGCCAAGGGCGAAGCUGGAGCCCACUUCCUCAUGGCAGGCGUGGGCCUCAGCUUCCUCUUUGCUGCCCCCCUCAUCCUCCUGGUGUUUGCCACCUUCCUGGUGGGCGGCAACGUGCAGACGCUGGUGUGCCAGAGCUGGGAGAGCGGCGAGCUCUUUGAGUUUGCAGACACCCCAGGGAACCUGCCCCCGUCCAUGAACCUGUCGCACCUUCUUGGCCUGAGGAAGAACAUCAGCAUCCACCAAGCUUAUCGGCAGUGCAAGGAAGGGGCAGCGCUCUGGACAGUCCUGCAACUCAAUGACUCCUACGACCUGGAGGAGCAUCUGGAUAUCAGCCAGUAUACCAACAAGCUGUGGCAGGAGUUGCAGAGCCUGAAGGUAGACACACAGAGCCUGGACCUGCUGAGCUCAGCCGCCCGCCGGGACCUGGAGGCCCUGCAGAGCAGUGGGCUCCAGCGCGUCCACUACCCCGACUUCCUCGUUCAGAUCCAGAGGCCUGUGGUGAAGACUAGCACGGAGCAGCUGGCCCAGGAGCUGGAAGGACUGGCCCAGGCCCAAGGCAAUUCUGUGCUGGGGCAGCGGCUGCAGGAGGAGGCCCACGGACUCAGAAACCUUCACCAGGAGAAGGUCGUUCCCCAGCAGAGCCUUGUGGCGAAGCUCAACCUCAGCGUCAGGGCCCUGGAGUCCUCUGCCCCGAAUCUCCAGCUGGAGACCUCAGAUGUCCUAGCCAAUGUCACUUACCUGAAAGGAGAGCUGCCUGCCUGGGCCACCAGGAUCCUGAGGAAUGUGAGCGAGUGUUUCCUGGCCCGGGAGAUGGGCUACUUCUCCCAAUACAUGGCCUGGGUAAGAGAGGAGGUGACUCAGCGCAUCGCCACUUGCCAGCCCCUCUCCGGGGCCGUGGACAACAGCCGUGUGAUCCUGUGUGAUAUGGUGGCUGACCCCUGGAAUGCCUUCUGGUUCUGCCUGGCGUGGUGCACCUUCUUCCUGAUCCCCAGCAUCAUCUUUGCUGUCAAGACCUCCAAAUACUUCCGUCCUAUCCGGAAACGCCUCAGCUCCACCAGCUCUGAGGAGACUCAGCUCUUCCACAUCCCCCGGGUUACUUCCCUGAAGCUGUAGGGCCUGUGGGGUGAGCUGACCCCAAGGCUGCCUGUCCUCCCCUUUGGUUCAGCCUGGGCCACAGGACUUCGGUAGCUCUUGCCCCAGAGCCCAGGCUGGCAUCCAGGCCUGGACUGUCCCUAAUUCCGACCUACCUGGCCCGACCUUGCCUGCUCCUUUCCACCUCUUUCUGCUCACGACCCCCAUCAUUCGCUCUCAGAAUCACGUGGGACUUCCAUGCAGCUGCAGAGCCAUCAGGUCCCUCCAGGUGCCACCCCUCACCCCCCUGCUGGUGGCAUCCUCACGGGAAGAGCCUGUUCUCCACCUGCCGGAGCCUGGACCCUGGGGUGGGACAGAGGCCUCGUCCAACCCCACUCCCAUUCCCGUGUGUCCUCCCCGUGCCAAGCCUCCCUCUGCCCCUCUCUGAGCUCCUCGCCCCCCACCCCAUCCUCAUCUGGCCUCCCCGCUGGCUCCCACUUCCCGCUUAUGCCCUUCCUGGCCCUUUGCUUCCUCCCUUUGUCCCCUCGUCACCAUAUCCCCACUGCUAGCUUGCUGGCCCAGGGGACCACCCUGCCCAACCAAACCACUCAGGUAACACCACUAAUCAGGCAGGGGCACCGUGGCCUAGGUCUGGGCUACUGCAGGCCCUGCCUCAUGGCCCCUGAGCCCUCCACUGCCCCAGAGCCCUGGGCCCUCUGCAGAUCUCAUCCUGGAUUUAUUGGUGCCCAGCGGGGUGAUGGAGGCCUGUCUGAAGGCCGAGCCUCCCUGCCUGCACCCAGGUUAGAAAUGGGGGUACCAGCACUUAGCUCCUCUCUGAGUGCUGGCUCCUGAGGAAGGGACCUGGGGCCUGGGCCACAGUGGGGACUCGCCCUUACCUCUUCAGAAGGAAGCAUCUUCCGCAGCCCCCACCCAGCUUUCUUAGGAGUGGUCUGGUGGCCAGAACAGGGUUUUGCACUGCCCCUUCUAUCCUGCGCGUGUGGCCGAGGGUCAUCCCCAGCCCAUCCCUGUGUCAGCCCUGAGUGCUGGACGCUGUGUUCCACAAAUGAGGAAGAGGAGAGAGAGAAGAGAUGGACAGACCUCAGAUCCAUUAAAGCGUUCUCACCUCCCUGAGA